AAAGCCAGAGGAAACUGUAGUGACAUACAAAAGGACUGGAGAAACAAGACAGGAGGCACGAGGGAGAAAUCCAGAGAACCAGAAGGAAAGAAAGACAUAAAAAGAGGAAGUUUGGCCAGUGAGAAUUGACUUUGGGAAGGUUUUGGCACUCUGCAGAGAGAGUAGCUGUGCUACUCUGGUUGGAAACUCAAGGAUCAGAAGGAAGUGAAAAAAGUCAAGGAGGAUAAGCGUGAAAAGGACAAAGUAAUUUGUUUCCACUGACUGGAUUGCAAAGUUUUCUUGGAUUUCUCCCACCCCUCCUCCUGGGCUGAGCGCAUAGGGGGAGGAAGAGCCGUGUUGACCGCAGGGAUGAAGUAUAGCUACCAGCUACCAGUGUCAUCGUACACCACGCGAUAUAGUCACAAUUACACACCUACGCACUACACCCCCACCAAUUACACACCGACGCACUACACCCCCACCAAAUACACACCCACUUCAUACACCCAAACAAAGUACAGCUCAACUCACUAUACCCCCACAAGCUACACCCCAUCACUUUACACACCUACACACAAAACCAGUUCCAGUUACAUCCCUUCGUACAGCAAAGGAACACGCUACAGUGCUGCUGCACGUCACACAGCACACAUACCUGCACAGCAGACUCCUGCACCUCUACCACUCAAGCCAGUCCGGGCUGUACACUUCUCCAAUGACAUUAUCUUCCAGGACCUUGUCCGACAUGGUGAGAUGGAGCAGAUUGGACGCUUUAUGAGAGCGAAGAAAGUACGUCUGCAUACCCUCUUCCCAUCCGGUAUGGCAGCACUCCAUGAGGCCGUACUCACAGGGAACCUGGAUUGCGUGAAGCUGCUGGUGAGAUAUGGAGCUGAUGUCCACCAGAGAGAUGAGGACGGCUGGACGCCGCUGCACAUGGCCUGCAGUGAUGGCUUCCCCGAAAUCGCCAGCUACCUGCUCUCUCUUGGUGCCAGUGCAUUUGCAGAGAACGAGAACGGGGAGAAGCCAGUGGACCUCAUUGACCCAGACUGUAAGGAGCUGGUCAAUCUAUUUGAGGCAGGCUGUGUGUAACUCACUGGCCACCUACAGAACAGGACCUGAAGGAGCUUGAUGUGGACAAAUGGAUAGUGUACCUUGGUCCUGAGACAAGCUUCUUGGAAUGGAAAAGCCCAGCCAGAGAGAAGGAGAAAGAC